CUGUUCAGCGAACACUCACACUUCCUCCACUACAGCAACACUUUGCUUGACUACUUUGACGCUCCCAGACAGAUUGUAGGCUAUAUGUUCAUACAAACCCUGCCACUGAAGAUAGUAUGUUUGGUGUCUGAGACAGUGAAGGGGCCAGAAUGCAGAGCAUCAAGUGUGUGGUGGUAGGAGACGGUGCAGUGGGGAAGACCUGCCUCCUCAUCUCCUACACCACCAACGCCUUCCCCAAGGAGUACAUCCCCACUGUGUUUGACAACUACAGCGCUCAGGUGACAGUGGACAGCAGGACUAUUAGCCUCAACCUGUGGGACACAGCAGGCCAGGAGGAGUACGACCGCCUGCGCACCCUCUCCUACCCCCAGACCAACGUGUUUCUCAUCUGCUUCUCCAUUGCCAGCCCCCCCUCCUUUGAGAACAUCAAGCACAAGUGGCACCCAGAGGUCACCCAUCACUGUCCCAAUACGCCCAUUCUGCUGGUGGGCACCAAGAAGGACCUGCGUAAUGACCCGGAGGUGUUGAAGAAGCUAAAGGAUCAGAACCAGAUGACCAUCACCCAACAGCAGGGCACCGCCCUGGCCAGGCAGAUCCAAGCCAUCAAGUACCUCGAAUGCUCUGCCCUCAACCAAGAUGGAAUCAAAGAAGUGUUCGCUGAGGGUGUGCGAGCCUUUCUCAACCCACAACCUGUCGCCACCAAGAAACCCUGUGUGCUAUUAUAAAGGCAGUAGGAAACCCUGUGUGCUAUUGUAAAGGCAGUAGGAAACCCUGCGUGCUAUUGUAAAGGCAGUAGGAAACCCUGCGUGCUAUUGUAAAGGCAGUGGGAAACCCUGUGUGCUAUUGUAAAGGCAAUAGGAAAUCCUGUGUGCUAUUGUAAAGGCAGUAGGAAACCCUGUGUGCUAUUAUAAAGGCAGUAGAAACCCUGUGUGCUAUUGUAAAGGCAGUAGGAAACCCUGUGUGUGUCACGUUCGUCGUAAUAAUGGUAGGACCAAGCUUCAGCGCAAUAUGGUUUCCACAUAAUUUAUUAAAGUGAAAAAGCUAGAACAAAACAAAUAAAGACACAAGCAACGAAACGUGACCAACGAGAUGCUACGUGCACUAACUCAAAACACAGAAACAUAAACAAUAUCCCAUAACCCACAGGUGGAAAAAUGCCACUUAAGAAUGAUCCCCAAUUAGAGACAACGAUUACCAGCUGCCUCUAAUUGGGAAUCAUACACAAACACCAACAUAGAAAAUUAAACCUAGAACCCCACAUAUAAAUAAUAAACUAGACUAAAACCCCUAGUCACACCCUGACCUACUCUACCAUAGAAAAUGCAGGCUUUGUGUGCUAUAAAGACAGUGUGCUAUUAUUAAGGCAGUAUGAAACCCUGUGUGCUAUUGUAAAGGCAGUAGAGAUACUAUCACAGAUGCAUAUCCAAUAGAACAAUAUUAAUUCAUGUGAUGUGUGUAAACCAUUGGAGUUGAUUUUAUUGUGAAAUAUGUUUUUGUUUUACUGCCAUUAACAAACACUGCGAUAUCAAGACUUCAUUAAGAAAAAAGGGGAUCUUUCAGGCAUUGGCUCAAGAUGCAUGAUUCAAAACUGUAAAACUGUAUUGUAUAUCCAUUAUUUUGCCCUCUUCCUUUAAAGGAAUUGACAAACAAAGCCUGAGACUUGAUGGGAGAUACAUUCUCUCAUGUAUCUGUGUUUGAAUAAUUGUCAAAUUUGGACAUGUAUGGCUUUUACAAAAAUAAUUAAAUAAUGCACGUGUAAAGAGAUAAUAUCAGGAAUUUAAUUUACUGCAGUGGGCGAAAACAGGAUCACACAAUGUUUCUUAGUAGUCUUAAACAAAUCUACUUUGAAACAAAAGUAUAGACCUACGGGCUUAAAAGAAGAAGACGUCUGUAACAUGUCCGAUAUAGAGUUGAAAUGUACAUCCUAUUUUCAACGUUAUAUACAUCACAGAAGACUGAAAUAUAACAAAACCGUUUGACAUAGAAACACUGGAUUUUUGGCUGCUUUUUUAAAAUAAUGGCAACUUAAAUAAAAAAAGAAUGUUUAUUAAUUAAGAAAAAUAUUAAUAUCAUUCCACCCAUGAAGCCACUAUAUCAUUUGACUGCAGGAAAGGGCUUCAUACCAAUUCUCCCAUUAUAUUUGUUUUACAAUGUACUGUAUAGUGGGUUUAAAACAUAUUUUUUUUAAGCUAACAUAGAAGAAGGUUUUUCUACACCAUCAGUUGUUUUGUGUGCUGUGUGUGUCUAUCAAGCCACCAAGUUAGUGAUUGUCUACUCUGUCUGAUUGUGUUGAAUACUGGACAAAAAAGAGGAAAUGCAGAGAGGUCUUUGAUAAGAAAUGCAUAGGCUGGUUUUCCUAUUGCGGUCAUUAGUCAGUGUGUGUUUGAGAGAGAGAGAGAGAGAGAGAGAUCAAAAAGGGAACCUGGUUGAAACUUCCCUCUGAAAGUCCAUAGCUUGCCGUCUAUUUUGUUAUGUUGUGGUUCUGGUUGUUUUAAGGUUGUGUAACUAUGUUGAGAAGGCCUGGCCAUGACCCCACUCUCCGAGGGUUUCUCAGGGAGAGUUAGGAUAUGCAAAAAAAAAACACAUUUCCAAUUCACACAUGCUUAUUAAUACAUACUCGUACAUGUGUGGAAUAGGACAAAUAUAAGCACCCACCAAAUGAUUAUUAUCUACUGUUAUAAAUGAGAGAUGGAAAUUGUGUACAAACUGUAUUGUAGAUUAAUGUGACAUAUCUUUAUUCUUAUCAUAAGCAACAUCAAAUAAAUGUGUCUCAAAUUGAAAGAAACAAACCCAUUGAUCACUGCAUAAAAUUAAAUUGAUACUUCAAGAAUACCAAUACCUUUCCAAGGGAGGCAUGGGAUGUGAUAUAACCAGCUGCUGAACAAUGAUGAAGUCCCUGAUUUGCCUGAGAAUGGAAGUGAAAUUAUCCAGCUGGCUGUUACAGAGUUGUGAAAGAUGUAUUUUCAUGUGAUGCCCAAACAUCACUGUCCUCUCCCAUACUUCAGGCCACAGGACUCAUUUGACAGUGAAAUAAGGCCUCUGCUCUGGGUGCUGGAUACACAGACAACUCUUUGUGUGAGAACAGUAGAGGGACAUACAGAUAUAUCUCCUUACUAUUUUAGUACAGUAUAUAUUGUUACUGUAUACAACACCCCAAUCUACUAGUCUCUCUCUCUCUCUCCCUCUCUCUCUCUCUCUCUCUCUCUCCCUCUCUCUCUCUCUCUCUCUCUCUCUCUCUCUCACUCUCUCUCUACAAA